AUGCAUGUCACGGUGAGAUGCGCAUGCAUGUCAGGCCGCUUCUCCCCGUGCGCAGGACGCAAGCGGGCAAGCGGGGAACCGGAGAGGGCGCGAGUGACGGUGUUGGAGCGCCCAGUGCUACGGGAGGUUCUUAGACGCGCCAGUCGCCUGGGCGAGCUCGUGCUCUUCACUGCCGGGCUGGAAGGUGCCAUGGGAUGUGAACGAGUGCAGUUGGGUUCGUUUCGGUUGCAGUUGAGCUGGGAACCGGAGAGGGCGUCCUCGUUCCCCCUUCGCCUCGUUCCGCCCCCCCUCGUUCCUCCCCCCUCGUUCCUCCCCCCUCGUUCCUUUCCCCUCGUUCCUUCCCGUCGUCCCUUCCCCCUCGUUCCUUCCCCCUCGUUCCUUCCCGUCGUUCCUUCCCCCUCGUUCCUUCCCCCUCGUUCCUUCCCUCUCCCCUCGUUCCUUCCCUCUCGUUCCGCUUUCCUCAUUUCCCCUCGGUUUCCGCUGCUGCAGGCGGAAGAGCAAGGCGUUUCCGUGCUGCAGGCGGAAGAGCAAGGCGUUUCCGCGCUGCAGGCGGAAGAGCAAGGCGUUUCCGCGCUGCAGGCGGAAGAGCAAGGCGUUUCCGCGCUGCAAGCGGAAGAUCAAGGAGUUUCCGCGCUGCAGGCGGAAGAGCAAGGCGUUUCCGCGCUCAUCCCUUCCCCUCGUCCCUUUCUCUUGUCCUCCUCACCCCCCUCCAGCCGGUGCAAGCAAUGCAACGCCGCCGCCGCCGCCGCCGCCGCCGCCGCACGCCUCGGCGCUAAUGCGGGCGGCCAUGGGGCGCUGCAGUGGCACCAAGGCACGGCCACUUGGUAA